ACGUGUUUGGCGGCAAGCGGCAAUUUAUUUCACUAGUUUAGCAGUUAGCUCAGUUCAGUUUGAGAUGUAGACGAUGGUGUGAUUAUUAUAUCCGCUCGAAACGUACAUACAUGAAUAUUUUCGUUCGUUUAUCCCAAGUGAUCCUGACAGCAUUGCUUGAAGAUUCGCGAUUGUUGGCUAGCCGGUUGAGGACCUCGCGUUGUCAGAAAUGGAACAAUUUAUCUACGAUAACAUCGAUAACUCAAAUGCGAACGAUUCCAACGGAAAUUUUUCCGUUUUUCUCACAGGAAAUACGUCGAUCGCCCCAAUUGAUGUUAAGUUUAACAACAGCCCGUUGGAGGAGGUGAAAAAGGAGGUGAAGCCUAGAAAAACUCCCAGUGAAAUAGAGCUUCAGAAGAGACAGGAGGAGGAGUAUGACAAUGAGGCUCGCGAGGAAAGAUACAAGCGGUUGAUGCAUUUAUUGAAUAAGAGCAAAUUUUAUUCGUCUUAUUUGAUAAACAAGCUUGAAGAUAAGAGUAAGGGAAAGCACAAGGAGAGAUUCAUCAAGAGGAAGAGCAAGUAUCUUCCACCUGUUAACGAUGAGAAUGUACCACCACCAAAGAAAAAGAUGAGAGGUGAUAUAGAAAAUUAUAACAUACAGGAGUACAUAUCUACGGAGAUAAAAAAGAAGGUACAGAGAAAGAAGGGAAAGAAGAAUUUGAGCACGGAGGAAAUAGAGACAGAAUUAUCCACGGACUCGGACGCUGAACCAGAACCACAGACGGCGACCGCUGCCGACAGCACCAGUAUUGUGCCGAAAUAUUUCUGCGGCACUCUACGCGAUUAUCAACUGACGGGCUUGGAGUGGUUGAAGCUUCUCUAUAAGAAUGGCCUGAGUGGAAUCUUGGCGGAUGAGAUGGGUCUUGGGAAAACGGUACAAGUGAUAGCCUUGAUAUGUCAUCUCGUGGAGGAGAGACAACCGAAGCCUUACUUGAUAAUCGCACCACUCUCCACUAUACCAAAUUGGCUCAUAGAAUUCGAGAGAUUCGCACCGGCCAUACCGGUCGUCUUGUUCUACGGCACGCCAGACGAGAGAGAAGCCAUCUCCAAAAAAAUUAAACGUACACACCAUGUCGCGGAUGACUUCAGGAUGCAGCCGGUUGUACUUACCACAUACGAAGUGCCAUUACAUGAAAUUAAAUUCCUUCAAACUAUAACAUGGAGAUAUAUCAUAGUGGACGAAGGGCAGAGAAUAAAGAAUCCCAACUGCAAACUGAUCAAGAUGCUAAAAACUCUACGAUCCAUGAAUAGGCUAAUACUAACUGGAACUCCACUUCAGAACAAUUUAGCCGAGUUGUGGUCCCUUUUGAAUUUCCUGCUGCCAGAGAUCUUUGACGAUUUGGGUACGUUCGAAUCGUGGUUCGACGUUAAAGAGCUUCAGCAUCAAAGUGGCACUGAAAAAGUUCUGAAGCAGGAGGAGGAGAAACACGUGUUGUCGUCGCUGCGCGAGAUUUUGAAACCGUUUAUGUUGAGACGAUUAAAAUCUGAAGUUUGUUUAGAAAUUCCGCCCAAGAGGGAAUUAGUCGUUUACGCGCCGCUCACGGAAUUGCAACACGAUUUGUACAAGGCGGUAUUGAAUUAUGAUUUACAAAUGCUGAGCAAAAUCGAGAUACCGGAUCUGGUUAUGGAGAACGUGAAUGGCAAACGACCGAAAAGACAGUGCGUUUUGAGAAGUAAAUACGGAGGCAAUGACGAGAGAGGAGCGUUGACGUUGCAAGAAAUCGAAAACAAUAAUGAGUGGAAAAUAAACAAAGUGGAAUCUAUGGAGCAGCAGCACUUGUCAAAGUGGAAACAAUAUACUGACGUUACGGAACGCAAUAGAGAAUUUCUUGUCCGCAUUCGGUUUGGAAAUAGACUUUCAAUGUACAAAAAGAUCGUGAAUCAUCCGUACUUGAUUCACUGCCCGUUGGAUUCGACCGGUUUACCGAAAAUCGAUAAUGAUGUGAUCAGAUCCUCCGGUAAACUUCUGGUGUUGGACGCUAUGCUGGCGAAACUUAAAGUGCAGGGUCACAAAGUUCUAUUAUUUUCGACAAUGACACAGAUCUUGGAUAUGAUCGAGGACUAUCUUAUGCUACGGGAUUAUAAUUACGUGAGAUUAGACGGUCACACUGAGAUUGAAGCGAGGAAACGGAAUAUCAGUGCUUUCAAUAACGAUCCGGAUAUGUUCCUGUUUCUUAUCUCAACUAGAGCCGGCGGGGUUGGAUUGAACUUAAUGGGUGCUGAUACUGUCAUUAUAUACGACAGUGAUUGGAAUCCACAAGCGGACAUACAAGCCAUGGCGCGAUGCCACAGAAUAGGACAAACGAAACCCGUAGUUGUCUACAGGCUGUGCACUAGAGGAACAAUUGAUGAAAAAAUUAUCAAUCGAUCCGAAGCUAAACGUAUUUUGGAGAAAAUCGUUAUGUCAAAAGAAUUGCAAAAGUUAAACAAUAAUUCUUUGAUGGACUUGAAGAGGCUGAUGGAAUCUAAGGAGUACAAAGUCGUUACGUCCGAAAAUGAAGUUUUUACAGAGCUGGAGCUGAACAAAAUAUUAGAUAGAAGUGACAUGAUGAUUAACAACCAUGACACAGAUAAUUCUUCUCAGGAAUAGAUAAAAAUUGAAGUAAGGAAGUACAAAUAAGUACUAAUUUUAUAUGUUUACACGAAAUUACAGGAUUAAAUUGUUAUACCGAGUUAUUUUUUAAUUGAUAAGUAACGUAUUGAAUUCUUAACUCUUAACUGAUACUUUGAAUUCACUAUUGCACUGAUCUCAGCUUAAAUGAUUUUUCUCUAAGAUCGGCAUUAUUGAUUUUAUCACCUAGGUUUCUAUUUUCUAUUCUGAUAAAUAAAGUUCAAUUUUUUUCAAAAGCCUACAAAAAUUAAUAAAAUCUAAUUUUGGGAUCAGCGAUCUUACAUAUGUAGGUAAAAAAAAAUCGUAUCAGUUAAGGGUUAACAUACAAAGUAAUAUAUUCGAACAAUGAAUUAAUAAGCAAUUAAUCAGCUUGAUUUUUUUAACAAGUUUAUUUGAGUUAUUUAAUUUCUUAAUAAAGCAUUUUUGAAAAAGAAA